AUGAGGAUCCUGUUGUUUGUCCUGCUAAGUCUUAUCGGGCUUACAGUCAGCCAAAAAUUUGGUCUCCAUGCGCUUCAUAAAUUCGGGAAGAAGCAUCUCAAGUCGAAAAUCCACAGAGCAGGUCUUCUGGCUGCUCUAAGACUCGUUCCCAAACUGAUUUUACUCCCUUACGAUGUCAGUCCCAUCAAGCAGCUGGUAAUUGUCCCUCAAUCGAACGAGUUCCAUUCACCGACUGUGCGGAUUUCUCGAAUGAUGACCGGAUUGGAUGUCAAGCGACUCGCGAGGGAAUGGCCCGAUAGUGUUACCCCGGGAGGCCCGGGUCCCGAGUGGUGGUGACGGAUUCUCUGCCUCAUUUGUCUCAGAGGCGGAGGGGGAACAUAUUACGCCAGAAGCCGAUGCCCGCCUAGGAGUUCUGCGCUCGUGCCAAAACGUAGACUGACGACCGAUAAGCAGGAUAUCAAAUAUAUUCGAAUAUUAUGUGACAUAAUAUUGAU